AAUGCUUGUGCAUAUAUUUAUCUCAUUGUUAUUAUGAACUGAUGUGAGUUUUUAACUGGGAGGGGCAGCCCUUACAAGAAUAAUGGAUAAUCCAUCAUUGUGAUUGGUUCUUUCUUCUGUGCGGGAAAAUGCAAGGGGGUGGGUGAGGGCUUUUCUUCUGGAGCGAGACGGAGGGUGUGAGUGUGUUUGUGUGUGUGUGAGCAGCCGCACACAUUCUGUUUGGUAUACGGCAUCCAAAUGGAAGGAAGAUAUACUGAGGAUCCAGUCUCCUUACAUCCAUAAUCAGGUCUUCUUUGUGAGUGUGAUUCUCCUGAUGCUAUCAUGGUAACAGCUCACAUCACUGUCAGAUCUCUACUGCUGCUUGUCUUCUGUCCUGUCCACUGUUCUUCUAUAGGGCCACCUGCGCUGUCUUCCUAUGCCAAGACAGAGGACAGACUUUUUAAAAAACUUUUCAGCAACUACCAGAAAUGGGUGAGACCAGUGGAGGAUCUAAACGGAACGGUACAGGUUAAAUUUGGGCUGGCUAUCACCCAGUUGGUGGAUGUGGAUGAGAAGAACCAGCUGAUGACCACCAAUGUGUGGAUUAAGCAGGAGUGGACAGACAUGAAGCUUCGGUGGAAUCCGGAUCAUUACCUAGGAAUCAAAUCCAUCAGAAUUCCCUCAGACUCCAUUUGGAUUCCUGACAUUGUGCUUUAUGACAAUGCAGAUGGUAAUUUUGAGGCCACUGUGACAAAAGCAGUUGUGCGUUAUGAUGGAAGAAUCUCCUGGACUCCUCCUGCCAACUACAAAUCAGCCUGCACCAUAGAUGUGACCUUCUUUCCCUUUGAUCUUCAGAACUGCUCCAUGAAGUUUGGGUCCUGGACUUAUGAUGGUUCACAGGUGGACAUUCUUCUUGAGGAUGUGCACGUUGACAAACGGGACUAUUUCGACAAUGGCGAGUGGGAAAUUGUGAAGGCCACCGGAAGCCGACGGUUAAGAACCGAUGGGACAUUUUUCUACCCAUCCGUCACCUACUCAUUUAUCAUCCGCCGACUUCCUCUUUUCUACACACUCUUCCUCAUUAUUCCCUGCAUUGGCCUGUCUUUCUUAACAGUGCUGGUGUUUUAUCUUCCAUCCAACGGAGGAGAGAAAAUCUCCCUUUGUACAUCUGUCCUUGUCUCACUUACUGUCUUCCUGCUGGUGAUAGAGGAAAUCAUCCCUUCUUCCUCAAAGGUGAUUCCUCUCAUUGGAGAAUAUUUGGUCUUUACCAUGAUAUUUGUGACACUUUCCAUAGUCAUCACUGUCUUUGCUAUCAACAUCCACCAUCGUUCCUCAUCUACUCAUCACAACAUGGCACCCUGGGUCCGCCGGAUCUUUUUGCACCACCUGCCUAAACUUCUCUGCAUGCGCAGCCAUGUGGACCGUUAUGCCAGCGCUGUGGGGAGCCUGAGAGCAGAAAGCACUGGAAAAGAAGGACUGGGUUAUGGAAAGAGUUUGGGUCAUGAAACAACCCCUCUUCUUAAUGCAGAACACAGUUUGCGGGCAGCCCUGGAAUCUAUACAUUACAUUACUCUUCAUGUUGUGAAGGAAAAUGAAGUCAGAGAGGUUGUGCAAGACUGGAAGUUUGUGGCCCAAGUUCUGGAUCGUGUUUUCCUGUGGGCAUUCCUCCUGGUUUCUGUGCUUGGUUCUGCUCUGCUUUUCAUCCCAGUUAUCUAUAAAUGGGCCAACAUUAUUGUCCCCAACUAUGUUGGAAGUACUAGUUAAAACACAUAAAUGUAUACAAUUUAUGAUAUUUUAGGAUUUUUAAUAGUAUAGGGUACAUAUAUGAAGUCAUUUUGGAUUUUGAAGUUCUCUGAUAUGCCAAUAAUCUUCAACUCAAAAACUCUAAUGCACACUGUCUAUAUCAAUUAAUUAUACACACAUUUCAUUAAGGUAGGACAUAGAAAUGCUCUUCUGCCAAGAGUGAGUAAUUGUCUCAUUGUGUUUUAUGUUUUGUUUCAUUAUCAUUAUUAUCACAGACAGCAGCAGGUAGGUUACUGUCAUUUUAAUGCACUGACAUAAUAUACUGAUACAAGAUUAACAACUUUUUAUUCACUUAAAACCAGAGCUGGCAAAUCUCACGCAUUCGCCAUGUGACACACGGUUUUCCCUGUUUUCACACGCACUCACGCCACACAUCUAAUUACUUACACAAAAAAAUCUGAUCUUGGGCCAAGACUCAUUCAUUCCUUUUCAAAAUCCUCAACAGUAAUAGAUAGUGCUGAUGGCGUCUGUAGCUGGCUGCACCCCGAAGUUAGCAACAGAAAAAGAGAUACCCUGCGAAAAACAAUGAGAAAGUCUGAGAUGAGAAUCGGAGCUGAGACUAGGGGCCAUAUUUAUUUACAGCUUGUGCGACUGCAAUCCUUCAUUUUGGCGUAAAUAAUGUGUGUCGGGAUAUACUAAAAAUGUGCAGUGGAUAAGUAGCACUGAAAAGUGUGUUCUAGUUAUUUAUGCGACUGACCUUAUUGCAUAUGCAUUUGUAGGAGUUUACCUUUCAGAUGCAAAGUUUAUGGGAGGAUAUUAUUUAAGCGAUUCACGCAAUGCAAUUUACUAACGUUUGCGCGUGUGAUAUUACUGGUAUUUGAGGCAUUAUUCAAUGCCGAAAAAAGCAUUUUAUUUUUAGCUAAAAAUGGCUGCAAUUGUUGCUGAUAAGAGAGACAUCAGAGAGCGCUUGGUACAAGGCAAAGGAUUUUUUAACAUGUUUAUUUGGAAAGUCUGAGCAUCUUAUUCAAAAAUAUUGUUUGCCAAGCCAUGUUAUUUGCUGGAGGAAAUAAAAGAGGAGUCACUAGAAGUCACACAAUAGCAGGUGUCUUGUAACCCUUCACUUUUUUGUCUUCCGAUGUCGGUGGUGCUGAACUCAAGCUCAUCAGGCGAAAGAUCACACGCAAAAGCAUCAGCACUGCCUAUUUGCGACCCUGAACUAAUUCACAGUGCUCAACCUACCUAGGUCAAAUCUUAAACCCUGGUUUAUAAAUAAGGCUUUAUUGUGGUACAAAGGCAGUCAUUUAGGCAUAACAAUUAUUUUCUGUUUGAAUGUUCAGCUCAAGUCUAGAAGGCCCAACAAGUCAUGAUGCCAAACUUAAUUCAA